CAUGGACAAGAACACUUUUUUUGGUACAUCGUCGUCAUUGACGACAUCUCAUGUUCCUCUUAUCCCCAUUAUUUCUGACAAACACCUUUCUCUGCUGCUUCCAAUAAUUAUUUAUUGGGUAUAUUCCGGAAUGUAUCAUCUAAUCUCGAUAUACCGAGUUCCUUUUUUUGAAAAAUAUCGAAUUCAUAGUCCAGUGGAGAUUGAAGCCAAAAAUAAGGUUUCUAUUUCAGAAGUUAUUAAAGGCGUUAUUGUGCAACAAUUUUUGCAGACUGUACUGGGUUUUAUAGUAGUAGCUACUGAAGAAGAGCAAGCAUUACCUGAUGAUAACGCAGAGAUUCUGGUUCUUGGCCAAACUUUAGAAACUUUUACGACGAAAGCUGCCCUUUACAAUCAUCCAAUAGAAGGUUUCUUGUUUGAUUCUCUCGGCGCUGCUCUUGCGUUUACAUUAUCAGGAUUGUCAGUUAAAGGCGCAAUUGUUUUCUUCACAUUUUCAACUUUCAAGACUGUUGAUGACCAUUCUGGUUAUGAUAUACCAUUCAAUCCUAUACAAAGAAUAUUUGGGAAUAAUGCUAUCUAUCACGAUGUUCAUCAUCAGACAUUUGGAUUAAAGAAAAACUUUUCACAACCAUUUUUUACCUUCUGGGAUCGUAUGCUGGGAACUUAUUUGCCUUAUAAUGAAGUACCAAAAAUUCUGAAAGAGUCGUCUAGAGGUAUUUCCGAUGAUGAUCUCCAAGCCUUAAAUAAGUCCGAAACUACGGAAUCCAGAACCUCAUCUAAAAGAUACAAUUUGAGAUCGAGAAAAAAUCUUUCUUGA